AGUUGUCUGUCCUAGCAAUCCCACACUAAACCCUAAUCGUAUCUAAAAUUCUCACCUUCCCCAUCAAAUCUUCACUGUGUCUAGGCUCCUCCAUAUCCGACUGCCAGAGCCCAGCGAAACCUGCAACCCCAUAUAAUCAACCGUUUCGACCAACUACGACUACGAUGGCGUAAAGGAGGAUCAGCGGCAAGACCUAUGUACUUAAUGGUUUUUCUUGUUGGUUUUUGGAGUCAGACAAAUUGACUUUGACCGGCGGUUGGCAAGUUUUAUUAUCAUUUUUUUUUCUGGUUGGAAUGGUAGAGUUGGUGAUCUGGGAGAAGACGAGGCACUGUGGUCGGUUCCAAUGGAAAUAUGGUUAAUCUAAUGCCUCACUCACCAAAGCCUGACCUUCCGAACCUCCAUAAAAGAGAGAGACCUUUAUAUAGAUAGCUUCUUAGUAUAUCAGUAUAUUUAGUAGUUCUUCUUCUCUGGAAUGCACAUUUUUUCUCACCUUUUGCCUGGGCAAUUUAUGAAUGUUAGGUGUACUACAUCUAACACAUCAAUUGACCGACCACCACGUCUCUCCCUCUCUCCCUCUCUCUCAGCCGCACAGACACAUAUUUAGUCACACAAUCAUUUGGAAAAAUGCCCACGUGUGUUAAUAGUAUUUCUGAUAGCUGCUCAAAAAUCAAAAUUAACCAUCAAUGACAAGAUCGUUGCGAUAGCUCAAUUAAGCAGAAUCAACCAUCAAUGACCAAGUGUUCAAGGUGUUGGCUGCAUGACUCUAUCAGAAUAGUAAACCUCAUCAUAAACCUGCUUGGGGUUGCUAUGAUUAUCUAUUGUCUUUGGCUGCAAAAGAAGUGGAUGGAAGGUGUUGCUGAGCUGCCUCAGAGUACAUCUAUUCCAAAGCUAUGGUUUAUAAACGCAUCCUUAGGAGUGGGAAUCACUGUCUGCUUGAGCGCCAUCUGUGGUCAUAUGGUGGCCAAUUGUAUUAGCAAUUACGCACUUUGUGCUUACAUUUUUGCAAUCUGCUCCUCAUUAUUACUUGAAGUUGCUGUGAUUGUCGCUAUUUUCUUCAAGAUAGACUGGAGAAAGGAAAUUCCGAAGUAUAUUGAUGAACACCAUUACGAGUUCAGGAGCUUUGUGAUAUUUCAUUUAGAGAUGUGUCGCUUUACUGUAAUAUUUAUGUUGCUGCCCCAGAUCUAUGUUACUGUGCUUGCUAGCAUCCUUUGUGCUAUUGGCAUUGAACCAUUUGAUCAGCACGUCGCGUCAGCCAUACCCGAUUUUACUCAUUCAUUUUUGGUGCCCAACUCAAGUGCACUUCAUGUCUCAGCACAAACUUGUAGGGGAUGUGAGAUUUUACGCGGAAGGACUCAUCGACGAAGGAGCUUUAUAUCUGUUGUAGAGAGUUGGCUUACAAUGAUACUGCAAAGGAGAAACACUGUUUGACAACUUGUUGCUGCAACUGUAACUGAAGAGUACUGCUUAGAUUUACAACUGCCAAGUAUAAAGGAAGAACCUCAAAAAAAGGUUCUUUAAUUCACUGUCAAUAAAUUGGGUCGCAGCCCAGGCCCAUACACUUCAUUUUUAAGCCCGAUUAGUACUGGGAAUGCGUCAGCCCAUUGAAUCUCUGUGGCCCAUUUUUGUUACUUAUGAUCCAGCCCAUUAACUUAUACGAAACGGGGACCCAUUUGUGA